AUGCAAGAGCCGUUUAGUAGCGAAACAACUGCUCUUAUAAGCUCCGAUACCAGCGACAUUAAUUCCAAAGAUGCACUGGAAGAAAGAUACCAUCAGUUUAAUUUAUCGCUGCCAAAGUUACCCAUAGUCACAUCUCUUUGGUUAGGCAGCUUUUUGGUCGCUUUGGAUGGAACCAUAGUGGCCAAUACGAUGAAUCGCAUUGCAGAAGAAUUUGAAGAGUCCGACAAGCAACAAUGGAUAGCUACAAGUUUCCUGUUGACUAAUACAGCAUUCCAACCGCUUUAUGGGAAACUCUCGGACAUUACUGGUCGAAGAUUCGCGUUGAUAACUGCCCAGUUUUUUUUCGGACUUGGAUGCCUGCUGACCUGUUUUUCUCGCACUUUGACCGAAUUCGCCAUUGCCAGAGCCGUGUGCGGUGUAGGAGGUGGUGGUAUAAGUGCUAUGAGCAGUAUAACCGUGAGCGAUAUAUGUACUGCCAAGGAAAGGGGUGUUUACCAAGGUUAUGCGAAUCUCGUUUUCGGAACAGGUCAACUGUUAGGUGCUCCAUUGGGUGGAGUAGCCAUCACUAUUGUUGGAUGGAGAGCCGUUUUCGCCGUGCAAGUACCUCUUGUAGCAGUUUGCAUGAUUUUGGGUCAACGAAAUGUCAAAGUCAAACUUUCGCACAUUCCACCUCCAGAAGAGCGAUUUACGCUAAAGAAUCUGUCACGCUUGGAUUUACUAGGGUCUAUCGCGUUAGUCAUUUCCAUAAGUGGUCUACUAUUCAUAUGCUCUACUGAUGUCAACAAAGUGCUGCUAACUUUGAUAACUUGCAUUUCGUUUGCAGUUUUCAUCGUUAAUGAGGUCUAUUGGGCUCCGGAAAGGAUAAUGCCAUUUGAGCUACUCAAGGGCACAUUUGGACUUGCCUCUUUGGCGACCGUUGCAUCCUCUUUUCUGGUUUUUGGUGACAUUUUCCGUUCGCCAAUUUACCUCCAAACAGUGCAAAACAUUUCUCCGAGCAGAAGUGGUGUCUUUAUAUUAUUUGGAUCAAUUGGCUGUGCUACUGCAUCUUUAGUUACAGGCUGGACUUUGAGGCAUACGAAGGGUAAUAUGGGGUUGUGCGCGUACAGAAUUGUCCUGAUGGCAGUAUGCUUACAACUAGCUGGACUUGUUCUCACAUCACUGGUCAUCUCGUUCGUCGCACCCAACCAAACCUUGUAUUCUGUCUUGACCAAUGGUAGCGCUCUUAGCUCUGAAUACUAUCUUGAAUCGUCAAGAAUUGGUUGGAAAUUGGUUUAUGUCGUGGGCCUAGUCUUAAACUCGUACGGAUAUGGGGGACUUUUGGUGUCUACUUUGGUGAGCAUUGUCUUCUCAAUUGACAAAUCCCAACAAGCGACAGUGACAGGAAUAUUUUAUCUUUGGAGAUCGCUUGGGAAUGUCUUAGGUACUUCAUUAACGCUUUCAUUGUAUCAAAAUGCUCUCAAAUCUAAACUGUGGACCUACAUGAGUAACCAUGGUCUUUUGAGUCAAUACGAGUAUCUCCUUCACGAUACCAGUUAUCUCAGAAAACAUUUCGACAGCGAUCAAUUAGCAGGGCUUCUCGACAUGUACAGGGAUGCGUUCCUGCUUUCAUAUAUUCCGAAUGCUGCGAUAGCAUUAGUCGCCGUUAUAUUGAGCUGGAGUUUGGUCCGCGUGUAUAAGAGGUCUUUGAAAUAUCAAUCUUAG